GUGAAGAACUGUCCAUCACACGCCCGGGGAAAGCAAGCAAAAAUCAGCUGAGAGAGGGACGUAAGCAAUGGCUGCGUUCUCAGCUCUUUGGCUACUCUUUCUUUGCCAGCUUUUGACAUCUCUAGCACAGAGACCCGGCCCUCGAGGACCACCUGGCCUGCCAGGACCCCCAGGACCCGGAGGAAAAGAUGGCAUCGAUGGUAAAUCCGGCCCGCCUGGACUUCCUGGAAAACCUGGGCCGAAAGGAAAAGCAGCGGAGGCUGGGGGCCCAGGAGGUGCAGGAUUGCCUGGACUUCCGGGAGUGGACGGUCUGACUGGUCCUGAUGGCCCAGCGGGGAAAGAUGGGCCACCAGGAGUAAGAGGCGACGCCGGACCACCUGGCCCAGCUGGACCUCCUGGCAGAGGGAGACCAGGAGCCCCAGGGCAACCUGGAGCCAAUGGGCUGCAAGGCGGAGUAGGGCCACAGGGGACAUUGGGUGCUGAGGGACCCCAAGGACUUCCCGGCCUCCCCGGUCUUGAUGGCCCCCCAGGUCUUCCGGGGGCCCUCCCUGAAGGCGCUGGUGAAGUUCUGUGUCCAGCCAUCUGUCCACCAGGCCCAGCUGGAGCUCCGGGCAUGCCAGGGUUCAAGGGUCACACAGGACACAAAGGAGACAAGGGAGAGGCUGGGAAGGAUGGAGAAAAGGGCGAUGCUGGCCCACCUGGGCCUCCUGGCAUCCCUGGCACUGUUGGCCUCCAGGGCCCUCGGGGUUUGAGGGGACUCCAGGGCCCAAUGGGUGCAGUCGGAAACAGGGGUUUACCAGGUUUCCGUGGCAAACCUGGAAUCGCUGGUGUCAUUGGGAAAACAGGUGAUGCUGGAGAGAAAGGACCUGAAGGUUUCAAAGGGCCAAAGGGGGAAAUUGGCAAAAUUGGUCCCAAAGGUGUUCCUGGGGGAUCUGGACCCAAAGGAGAGCCUGGCAUACCUGGCAGAGAUGGGAAAGAUGGCACACCGGGGUUAGAUGGAGAGAAGGGUGAUGCCGGCAGAUCUGGGGUUCCUGGUGAAAAAGGUCCCAACGGCCUUCCGGGUUUACAAGGAAAGGCUGGUGGAAAAGGAGCUAAAGGAGGGGUUGGUAAUCAAGGAGAGAUGGGAGAGGCAGGUCCCUCUGGAGAGCCAGGUAUUCCUGGUGAGAUUGGAGUUCCAGGAGACAGGGGAGAGGCUGGACCUAGAGGAAAGGCAGGAGGCAUUGGACAAAUAGGAAACACCGGGCCUCAGGGUGUCAAAGGCUUCCAGGGUGUGAAAGGUGCUCUUGGGGACGCUGGUCUUCCUGGCCCAACAGGAAUCCGUGGAGGAUUUGGCGACAGGGGUCCAGUCGGAGCAUCAGGACCCAAAGGGGAAAUGGGUGUUGCAGGAAGUGAUGGUCUACCAGGAGAGAACGGAGAACCGGGCCCAUUUGGUCCUGUUGGACAGAAAGGCCAGUCUGGAAAGAGGGGUGAGGUCGGGCCAAAGGGUGUGGUUGGUCCCCAAGGAGAACUUGGAGCCAGAGGGGCCCCUGGGAAGCCUGGACUCAUGGGCUUCCAAGGCGAGCAGGGCCAGCCUGGCAUUGCUGGAAAGACUGGUGUUCCUGGUAAACUGGCAAGUGAACAGCACAUCAGAGAGCUGUGUGGAGGAAUGAUCGAUGACCAGAUUGCCCAACUGGCUGCCAACUUGAGGAGACCACUGGCACCGGGUAUGGUGGGUCGUCCUGGGCCUGCUGGGUCCCCUGGGCAACCUGGUGCCGCUGGCUCUAUAGGACAUCCAGGCAACCGUGGACCACCAGGCUACAGAGGGCUGCCAGGAGACCUGGGUGACCCUGGUCCCAGAGGUGAUGUUGGUGAACCAGGCGACAAAGGACCUAUUGGCAAGGCAAUUGAAGGUCCCAUGGGAGACCAAGGCUAUCAGGGUCUCCCCGGAGUGCUAGGAAUUGUGAAACACGGGCGUGACGGUGCCCCUGGAGAUCCAGGUGAGGCUGGUGAAGCAGGCCGAACGGGCAGCACUGGGCACCAGGGAUCACCUGGAAUCUGUGACACAUCAGCUUGCCAGGGAGCAUCGAUUGCGGGGAAAUCUUCCAGUCCCAAGAACCAUUAAAACCCAGUGCCAUUCCCCCAAUCCCUUCCAGGAGAAAAGAGGAAGAAGUCACUGAAAACGUAUUUAAAACCAAACGGGAACAACAAUGAUGAAAAGAUGAAAAGAGUGACCUGACUGGGUAUUUAAGAACAGACAGACAGUGGGGAAGGUAGGAAAAGGUAGAGACUUAAUGCCAUGACUCCAUCAACGAAGUGGACCGAAGUCAAAAUAUGUAAUUAAUAAACCGGAGCACAUACACCAGCCUUGCUCCAAAUACCUUCAAAGAAUUUAAACAAUAACUUUACUGGUGCUUGUAGACAUGUUUUAUGUGUGUACAAAUGUACUUGUUUCCCCCUGAUGCCCUGCUUCCCAUGUGACCCCUACAGAAGCUCCUCAAACUACAACUUGGAUUGCCAUUGAAGUAACUGUGGGAUUGCAGUUUAGAGCUGCUUGUGUGAAGUGUCCUUUGUGGUUUGACCUGAUGAGUUUACCUCACAAGAAGAGCUUGCAGAUUAAAGGCUUUGAGAGAAAUAGCUAAGCCUCAGUAAAGAAGCAUUGUGUGCAACAAGAAAUUACAAAAAUGUGUUCAAUUAUUUUGUAUAGUUCUGAAGUAUGAAAUAAGGCAAUUUUCUGAAAAUAUGCAAGUUUUGUAUUUUUAAAGUAACUUUUUCAAAGGUUUUUUUUUUUCUUCCAAUUUUCCAGAAUGUGUUUUAUUUCUUCUUUUUAAUGCCAUAAUUAUCACAAGAAUUUCCCCUUCAAGUGUUUAAAGAAAUAAAAGCAGUGUUUGUGGAUUUUCCAGAAACUGAGUCUAGAAGAAGUCAUUAGUUUUUUGUGAGCUUUAUCAUUUUUACGAAGAUCUCCACAUCCACUAUGUAUUGGUGCUGUAACUAUAAAAUAUACAUGAGUUUAAAUACUAUUUAUUAUUUGUGGGUGACUGUUGUAUGUACAUUAAUACGCUAUAGCACCAUGUUGUACAAAACAUUGAA